UGUAACCCCUCGCCCCCUUUUUCUGAUUCUUGCAUCUCAAUCCAUAACAAUCUCUCAGAUCAAGGGUUGCGAUUAAUACCCAAUUUUGUGUUACCUUUUCUGUUUUCGGCGUUCGAUUUCGAUUUUGAAGCCCUAUUUUUGGUUAUUGUUCUCUAGUAUUUUCACUUUUUCGCCAGAAGUAAAACAUCAGUUUGAAGCUGAGAAAUAAACAUGGCCGGUGGUGCGAAUUUCAUGCAAAGGGUUCUCUCUUACGUCGUAAACGAGGUUGUUGUCAAUGGUCUUGCCAACAGCCCAGCAUUUCAGAGGUUUGCAGUGAGGACAUCAAGAAGCAUUGAAGAUAUUUCUAGCAAAGCUAUUCAGAAGAGGCAGGAGAUAAUUGAGCAGGUCAAGGACAUCUCGGAGUCACUCAAGAAGCGGUGAUUAUGGUGUUCUACAUUGCUGAGGUUUAUGGACUUGUGGUUCUCUGUAAAUUUGUUUAGUAACAAUAUAUUUUGACUCUUAAUUCGCGAUCUCAAAGUUGGGACCUAAAUGUUAGGUUUCUUCCAGUUUGAUUGGUGAACUGAGAACUGGAUUAGGAUUUCACCUAAUAUUAUUCUUCCUUCCAUUUGAAACUAUUGAAGACUGAUGGUUUGGACUGUAUUGACAUGAAAUAUGCAAGAGUUGUAACAGCUUAUUGGGAUUUU